UUAUUGUGGACUGUUGACAAUUCUGUGACAAAUAUGUCGAAUAGAAACAUAUUUGAAUUAGGAGACAGGGGCUUUAAUGUUCCCCAGUGGAUCCAUUAUUUCAAUAAGAUCAAUUCCGAAAGAGAAGCCAGCAGUAGCCGUAGUACCACAAGCGGGUCAGUAGAGAAAUCCAGGUGCUGCUCCAGCAGGUGCGCUGUUUGGUCUUUGGUAACCACUGCUCUGGUCAUCCUUCUACUGGGCACUGCAUUUGUUCCUCUCAUUCUUUACUUAAUAGAAGAAGGUCAAUUUAAAUACUAUAUGGCCACAGCUACAUUAACAUUACAGGGGCAAUAUGACAAAAAUCUUGGUGACCUUAACAGUACUCUCUCUAUAGAGUUCCAGAAGGACUUCUGCAGAACGAUGGGGAAUUCACAGCAAAAUAAAUACACCAAUGACUACAAAGGCUGUUUAGUUACAGAAAUACGGAAUGGUAGCAUCGUAGUGAGUUUCUCAAUGUUCUUUUACACAAAAGUAAUCGUGACCUCUAACAAUGUAAAAACAGAAAUAACCGAAUACUGGAGAAAGCAGCCUAAUAAUGUGACCUUUGCUAAUACAUUCAAUGUGUUAAUUGAAAUAGAAACAUUGGAUGUUGGAGUAAUCCGACAAGAACAAACUGAGUAUGAGUCUCUCACAUCAAAUUCUCAAUUUGUUGGCUCUGCUCUGACAACAACUACCAUUCCACCAACAACUGCAAUUUCUGCAACCCCAGGGGAAAGCUCCUCAACAUCUACAACAGAAGGUAGCACCUCUACUGUUUCGCCCGCUACAACAACUAAUACUCAGGCUGAUACUACAUUAAGCAGCAUAUCAUCUACUCCACCCAUCGCAACAACAGUUACCACACUAACAACUACUUCAGAAAGUGAUACUACAUUACUGGCUUCAUCAACGACCAUUGCUCAAACAACUUCAGAAAGCGACACUACUGAGAGUGGUAUUUCACUUACUUCAUCGAUGAUAGCAACAGUCAUGGCUACAGAAGAGGAUACUUCAGAGAGCAGUACUUCAACUGCUUCACUCAAUACAACCACAGUUACUUCUUCAUCGGAUUCAACUCAGAAUUUUAGCACAUCUACAGUCAUUCAAAACUCUACUACGACAACUCCUCAAAUUUCAUCAACAUCUUUUUCCAACCCUCCUCCAGGCAAUACCACAUAUUUGAAUGAAUCAACCACUCAAACAAGUACCGGUCCUUCCAUCACAAACACAACGACCUCACGUACUACAACAAAUCAAAACGAUAGCACUUCUUCAGUCAUUCAAAAUUCUACAACGACAGCUCCUCAAAUUUCAUCAAAAUCUUCUACCAGCUCUCCUACAGGCAACACCACUUAUUUAAAUGAUUCAUCCACUGAAACAAGUACCAGUGCUACCUUCACAAACACAACACUUGAUUCUCAAGACACAUCUUCUACCAACAUUCCUACAGAUACAUCAAACACAACAUCAGUGCUUCUGGAUUCCACCACUUCCACUAAAGGGGUCAUGGAUACAGAUUAUAACUCUUCUUCAACUUCAGGUCUUCCGGAUGCCUCCACUUCAUCUUCCUGGGAUACAAGUAGCACUUCUCCAACUUCUCUAAAUAUGACUAUUACAACCGUGCAAAAUUCAGAUAACAGCACCAUCACGACAGACUUUUCUGAUUUGAAUAUCACCAGUUCUACAAUUCCUUCUGUUACCGAUGCCUCUAGUGUAAAUAUUUCCACUACAACAGACAGUUUAGCACCCAUGACGUCCACUACCAUCUCUCCCCAACAACUCGCAGCUGUUGCGAUGGAUCCGUCAUAUGGUGAAAUUGGCACUGUGGUACGUCAUACUUGCAGAAUUAAUAUCACAAGUGGUGAUUGGGAGCAGAUAUACCUCAAACAGUAUAGCAGCAACGAGAAUCUAGCAGUUCGUUUUAAAAAUGGCAGUACUGUUACAUACACCAACGACAGCAUUCUGACUCCGGUAUUUGAAGUAGAUGCCUCAAAGAUAAAUGCUUCUGUGACUUUUAACUUAACCGACUUUCCAGAGGAACGCUGCGGAUCUAGACGAUUUGAAUUUGUCUGCAGUGUGCAGAUGAAAACUGGACUUAUCUUCAAUGCUACCGCUAACUUUAAAAUAAUUGCUCCUAUGACACCACCAUCUGUUGCCGUUCGAGCGACCAGAUACGCGAUCAACACAACCAGCAAUGAAACGUUUGUAGGUGUUCUAAUCAGCUGUAAUGUAACGAAAGAUCAGUCUAACGAAUCGGCUCAGGAUGUAGGCAUUCGAAUUUUCAACUCAACUGAUCAUCAAAUCGCAGAAUUUGUCUAUUUUCCUGAAAGAAGCGGAAUUUUUACGCCAAAUUGUGGAGAAUGGGUUUUUGUUAAUGGAAACGAACCCACGGUGUUUUCAUAUCGCUCCGAUUUUAACGGAUCGACGCUUUACUGCUUUUUACAAAACGCUGGAGCAGGAAACAAGGUUGCUUUGAGUAAUAGUGUAACGCUGACUUUUGGUGCCUUAGAAUCUGACAAUACAUGAAAAUACAGUUUUUACUCUCUAGCACAAUACAGAAUAGUAAAAGUGGCACAUUUAUUAAAAAUAAGAGUGUUUAUCAUCAUUUUUUGAGAGUAAAAGGUUGCAGACUUUCUUUGCAAAUUACAUUAUAAUAAUUAUAUCACUAUCAACCUGGAAUGAAAUAAUUCUGAAUCAUUCCAAUCAAGGCUUCCAGAAUUAUAAGUUGGACAUCAUUUCACUAACAUUGACAUUGAUAUUUUAUAUCUCAACCUUCGGUAUUCAAUACUUGCACGAUCAUGUCACAUAUUGAGGUCAUGCUCGGCAACAUACGGUUCAAAUUGAAAAAGUCCUUAUUUUACACCGGAAAAUCCUGAUUAUUAUAUGUGGCCAACUUUAAGAUAAUUGGGUGGAGACCACUAGGUUUUCUAACGUAAGCAUAUU